AUGGCGCCCAACACGAAGAAGAAUGUUGCUGAGUGCAUCUCUGAUGACGCACUUGUGCACUUCAAGUCGUACAAAUACUCAAGUGUCGACAUGUCGCCAGUCUCGAAAUACGUUCUAGGCCCUUUCUGGAACGCCUCUGUCAACCUCCUCCCAUUAUGGAUCGCCCCCAACAUGGUCACCCUUUUGGGUUUCUGCUUCAUUCUCGCAAACGUUGCUUUCUGCGCAAUCUGGAUGCCUGAUCUGGUUGGACCUGCUCCAUCAUGGCUCUACUUCAGCUUUGCGUUCGGUCUCUUCAUGUACCAAACGAUGGACAACCUUGACGGAAAGCAAGCGCGACGAACCGGAACCUCAAGCGGCCUCGGUGAACUUUUCGACCACGGUAUCGACUCUCUCAACUGCACGCUGGGAAGUCUGCUCGGAACCGCCUCCAUGGGCCUCGGAACCUCGACAGCCGGUAUCGUCACCGCGCUCUGCCCCUGCCUGCCUAUGUUCUUCUCGACCUGGGAGACCUACCACACUCACACUCUCUUCCUCGGCUACAUCAACGGUCCCACCGAGGGUAUUCUUAUUGCCUGUGGAAUCAUGAUCAUUUCUGGCAUUUGGGGACCUGGUGUCUGGGCCAUUCCUCUGGCUAACGGCAUCAAGGAUCGUCUCCCCGGCCUUGCUGAGAUGCUCGGUGAGACAAGCUUCAAGGAUGUCUGGGUCGGUUUGAUCCUCGGCUCUCUCAUCUUCACACAGAUUCCCUUCUGUGUUCUCAACGUUGCCAAGGCUCGCAGAUCUCGAGGAGAGCCCAUUCUCCCCGUCUUCAUCGAGUGGAUUCCCAUGGGUGUUUACACCAUCUCAAUUGCUGCCUGGGUUUUCUCCCCCUACAGCACCAUUCGAUCCGAGAACCACCUCAUGCUCUUCUGCUUCAUUAUGUCAUUUGUCUUUGGUCGCUUGACAACCAAGAUUAUUCUCGCCCACUUGACACACCAACCUUUCCCCUGGUGGACUGUCAUGCUCUACCCUCUUGUUGGUGGUGCUAUCCUUGCCAACCUCCCCCGAGUCGGACUUCCCCAGCUCAGCGCCCAGUUUGAACAUUUCUACCUGUGGGCCUACCUUCUAUUUUCCAUGGUUGUCUACUUCCGCUGGGCCUGGCUCGUUGUUACCAGCAUCUGCAACUACCUCGGUAUCAACGCCCUUACUAUCCCCAAGGAGAAGCAGAUUGCCAACAAGGCGGCUCAGGCUGCCAACAAGCUGCAUUAA